UCCCCAAACGACCGCUUUAGCCCAAUUUCAUCACUUUACUUUCUCCAGACUCCACCAUCGUAUUAAUUUACAGUCGUUUACGUAUUCAAGCACGAAAUUAAUUAAUAUUCAUAUUUAAGUGCAUAAUUGACGUUUACAUCAGAUCUGCAUUCAAUUUUAGGUUGAUCGAAAGAAUUUGACAAGAUAUGGCGUCAUCAUCUGGAGAAGCGCCAGAAUUCGAUUAUCUGUUCAAGUUGCUGAUGAUUGGGGAUUCUGGGGUUGGAAAAAGCAGUCUUUUGCUGAGUUUUACAUCUGAUGCUUUCGAGGAGCUCUCUCCCACAAUCGGAGUGGAUUUUAAGGUAAAACACGUAACACUUGGAGGAAAGAAAUUGAAGCUUGCAAUCUGGGAUACAGCUGGACAGGAAAGAUUUCGGACUUUGACUAGUUCCUACUACCGAGGUGCUCAAGGAAUCAUCAUGGUAUAUGAUGUGACACGACGAGACACCUUUACGAAUCUAUCUGAUAUUUGGGCUAAAGAAAUUGAUCUCUACUCCACAAACCAGGACUGCAUCAAGAUGCUAGUUGGUAACAAAGUUGAUAAGGAGAGUGAAAGGGUUGUCAGCAAAAAAGAAGGGAUUGACUUUGCAAGGGAAUAUGGUUGCCUCUUCAUCGAAUGUAGUGCCAAAACUCGUGUCAACGUGGAGCAGUGUUUUGAGGAACUUGUCUUGAAGAUCUUGGAAACGCCCAGUCUCUUGGCCGAGGGAUUAGCUGGUAACAAAAAGAACAUUUUCAAGCAGAAGCCUCCCGAGUCUAGUGAUGCGUCGAGCAGUUGCUGCUGAAUAUUUUACCCCGUUGUGUUUUCAGUUCCGUGUUGAUGUUUGAUUGGAGACGCGUCUGCAACUCGUAUCUUGCAUAUUUUCGUACGUUGCUUAAGUUAUCUUAGAUGGCAGACUUGUUUGAUCUCAGCGUCUCUUUGAAUUCACCCAUAGAUUGGUGACUGCAAAAGAAGAAAGUAUGAUGUAGUUUUCAGAAGUUGGUUUUAGUUAUACUUUUUCUCGUUUUUGAGUAGGAUAUGUGUGUGUCACUUAUUUGAAGGAGAGCUGAAACUCUACAUUUUAAUUUACUAUUUUAUUUUCAAUGUA